AGUGAGGGGGGGGAGGGCAAGGCAUUGGCACCCACACGGGGGGGGUGUGGAGGAGGCGGCAGCCAUGUCCGUGUCCAUGUCUAUGUCGCUGGUGUGGCGGGGAGCGCGGCUCCUGCAGCGUCGAGGCCUGGGUCCAGGCCCGGGGAAGGGUCCCGUCCGCAGAGCCGGUGGUGGGGUCCACAUUGAGCCUCAGUACCGGCAGUAUCCCGAGCUGACCAAGAGCCAGGUGCUGCAGUCCGAGAUCCUCAGUGGAUUCAUGUGGUUCUGGAUUUUCUGGCACAUGUGGCACAAUCCAGAUGCAGUCACUGGUCAUUUUCAGUAUCCUGACCCCUCCAAAUGGACAGAUGAGGAGUUGGGCAUUCCUCCAAUUGACGAGGAAUAACUUGGAAGUGCUUUCUUGAAAAUAGUAUCCUCCUUGGCAUUUCUAGGAAAGUAUACCUGGUGCUUGGAGCAACCACCUAUUGUACAUUAAAUUGGAAUAAAUAUGUAUUGCCUGUA